AAAGCGGUUGCAUCGCAGAAAUAAUGCAACGGCAGUACGAAGUAGAACAUUCGCUGUGAAGGAGUUUAUUAUUCAAUUCUAGUGCUUAGAAAAGUUCUAUUAUUAAGAGAAAUUUGAACUACCCUUGGAAAGUGAUUAAAUUGCUGCGUAUUGCGGUGUGAUUGUCUAAAGUUUAAUCCGUGCUUCGUUGAUACUGAAAAACAGUUCCAAGUUGUCCACCGAAGGCAGCAGGUGUUCACUAUUCGACCGUUUAUUUCUGAUACAGUGCGGGUCACACAUUUUCGGACGCUAUGGCUCCUGUGGUGGAUGGCAAUCAGUUCGAGCUGCCGGUGGUGGAAACUCCGGGCAAAAAGCGUAGGCGCAAUGCCGAAACUAACCCAUUCUACCCAUUUUCGGACCAAACUUUCUGUAUCCCAUCAUCUACACCAAUCCACAACAAACAAGUCGAUGGAAGUGCUUUCGAGAAUGCCAGCUUCCGGUACAACAGUAGCAACAAGGAAAAUUAUAACAUUUUCUCGGAUUCCUUCAUGGAGGUUAAAUCGAUCGCUGACUUGGCCAGUGCGGCCGGUGAUAAUCCCUUUGAGGUGGUGAGAAAACCUCCGGCGAAAAAGAAAAAGAAAGAUGCGGAUUUUGAAGAAAGUUGCUUCGUUAAUCCGGGGCUUAAUUUGAAUUCGGUCGAUAAGCCGUCCGUGAACCCGUUCGAGGUGGUCCGAAACGAGGAGACAGCAAAAAGAGAGAACGAAUCGUGCUUCAUCAAUGGAGCAUUGAAUAUAAAAAGUAAAGAUAAUGUGGCUAAUCCGUUUGAGAUUGUCCGGCCGGUGGCAGCGAAAGCCGAAGAUGGUGGGGCGGUAGAGGAGAAAAGCACAAGCGAAGGGCUUAAGGGAAUCGAAAAUCCAGGAUUAGAAAUCCCUACCUUCGCGUUGGCCGUUCCGUUUACACCGUCUAUAAACCGCAGGAUUAAUUUUCAGGACCUUCCUCCGAAUGCUCUCACACCAUGCCAGAUGCUUGCCAAAAAUUUGGUCUUCAGUCCCGAUCCGAGCCAGGGCAGCAAUUUGAUUACGCCGAAGCGUGAUGCAACUACCACCCGACGACAAUCGCUUUCGGUUAUCAGCGAAGAACCACUGGAUAUCGGCGAGGAACUUGACUGCUAUCAACUGGAGCUGGAAAACAGCAUAAACGAGGCGAAGGUUCGCAAACAAAAAACCGUUGGAGCAGGCUCAACCGGAAAACGUAAGGUUCGUCGUAGUUUGAUCGACAAUAAACAUAUAAGCAAUUUAUCGAUGAAGCUAAAACAGCUUGAAGAUUCUGAUAACGAGGAAGAGGCAAAGUCUGGAGAGCCGAAACUAAAGACUGAUUCACUAGUGGAAGCAGAGGUGAUUGAAGAAGCUUCUCCCACUACUCAAAUAACUUUCACUGUGGUGAAAGAAACGACCACCGUAUCGAAAGAGGAGAUCCGAAUCAACGUCACGAAUCCAGAUGUUCAGUUCGAAGAAGUCGAUGAUUUCGAGGACGAAGAGCAAGACGUUGAUUUGUUUGCUAACCCUGCUCCAUUCCAACGUGCGUAUCGUAAAAAGGAAGAUCCAAAACCCACCGAUGGUUUCAAGGAACCUGAGGUUCCCGAGAUUGACAACAUUGCUGGGAAAUCAUACAAAGUUAAAGAUGUUAUCCGGCGGAGCAUUCGCAAGUUGAUUCAUGCGAAGAGCCAGGAACAAAUAACGACCGAUUUGGACGACGAGAGACCGAAAACGGAAGAAUCCCAUGGUUUCAUAUCCACGAUUCGUCACAGUUUGCGUCGGAAAAAUCAUAAAAUUAUUUCCACCAAACAGAAGGAAGAGCAGGAGCGAGAAGCAGUGUUAGAGACAUCCAUCAUAGUGGAAGCUCCGCGAGUGGUUUUCAAACAGCCCUCGAACAAACAGUACAAGCCGAUCGCUGGCAGUUCAGUAGAAAAGGUCGGAUCCACGCUACGCAGCAGUUUGCGUAGAUCGACCAAAGAUAUGAAGAAGCAGAUGAUGAAGAAUGUCUUCAAGAAGGCAGCGGAAGAAAAAGAGUAACAUUAAUUUACCAUUUUUUUCAAUUUAUCUUUACCAAACAGACUGAAACCAAAUGCGAGUUGCACCACACCAGUGGAAAGUCAUCACAUAAUUUAUUGAUAUUUAUUCUUCAGUUAUUCGCAUAUAAAAUUGAAAAUUCAAAUUUCAUUAGCAUAUUCUUGAGUUCAUUAAUGCAAGAUAUAUCCCGGUUUAUGUUACUUAAUUUUUUUUUCACCGCAUUUUUAUAUAUUAUAUUAUUUUGCACGC